AUGUUUCCAUCGUCUGAAGGCACGGAAGUUAAAACUUACCCGCUUACAGCAUUUAUCCCGAGUUUUAAUGCUCAUCCUUCAUAUGUGCUUAAGACACUGAAGCGUAAGAAACGUCCAGUCGACCACCACGGAUCUACUGGACCUAAGCCCAAAACUCACAGGGCCCGAAACUGCCACGCAUUAGCCCCUCCAGCAAUUACAGGAGUGCAAUCUUUUCUACGGCAUGUAGAAGAACCACCGUACCCUCACCCGUCUCUGGCGCAUCUACAGAUGUUCCCCAUACCCCGGCUAAUCACGCUGUUGAAGAACUACUUCCAAAUUUCGGUCCAAACCCAGUCAUCGCGCUUGUUGGUUCCGCCUAUGAUACUUCUGAUCCAGGCCGUUGGCUCACCCCCAUCCUCGCCCCUCGACCGAAUUAUGGCGGAUAACCUGGUCCUACUCGCUAUUUCGUACUCUGCACUAACCCAUUCCGGGUACACUUUUUACGACAGUCCGCUGGCGACCGCGACCAGCAGAAAGACACAAGUACGUGUUUCUAAACCAGCACCACUGUUGGUUCCCUCUAUCCAGACUGCCAAUUGUCAGUGGACAAGUCUUCCCCUCCCACAUUCGACCAACAUGUUGGUCAGGCACGGGUUGACUGCCCACCAACAACCCCCCUGGUUAUGUGCAACACCCACAAACCCGCACAAACCAGUGUGGGUUGCUUGGGAGUAUUACAUUGUCUCAGAUAUCUCCAGCGAUGCUGAAAAGCAGGAAUUACAGGGAGUGCCAAUCCAGCAGUCCGAAUCCGAACUUCGGUAUGGUAAUGGCAGACGCCAGUCUCUUAGCAACGGUGGGCAUGACAACCGGCACCAUGCGGGAGGCCAUGACAACCGUCACCAGGCAAGUGGCAACUCCAGGUCGCCCUCUCGCGAUAGGCCGGCGGUAGCAACAUGUACUAAAUGUCAUCUCCGCCACAGGGACCCCGUGUGUCCUAUAUUCCAUACAUGUAAACAGGCUGGGCACUACUCAAACAAAUGUCCAAGAAAUGGCUCUGCUACGUCCUUUGAAACGGCUAUGGUCGAGUUCUACGUAGCAGAUUGUAUACCCAACGAUUGUGCUGUACUUUUCGGGUUCGACCAGAUGAAAGCAAAUCUUAUAGACACCACAUGGGACCGCACCCACCAACCACCACUGUUCCAACUGCUGCUGCCUCGCACCAGCUACCCAGUGGGAUUUUUGGUGCCACGUUCGCCGGAGGCUAUAGCUAAUAUAGACACACCACGGGUUUACGGACCACAGAUACCGGAGAAACCACCGGAGUAUGAUUUUCUGCAUCUCGAACGACUUUGCAAGAUCCUCAAUAAGUCACCGGAGGAACUCGCAUUGUUGUGCAGCCUGUAUAAUGAAGCAGCCUUCAAUAAGAAUAAUAAGAAAUCUAUUAAUGAAGUUGUUGUUAAGUUAAAACUCAAAUAG